ACUAGUGUCGUAGACUUCGGAACGAGCAGGAAAAAGUGCGCCGCCCGCCCUCUUGGAUCUCUUGUAAAUAGUUAUUUAUUUAUCCUGCGACACUUGUUGUCCCCCCAGCCCACCGCCGCCAUGACACGGUGGGUUCCCACGAAGAAAGAGAAGUACGGCGUGGCAAUCUACAAUUAUGAUCCCAGUGGUGAGCCGGAGCUGUGCUUGCAGGUGGGGGACACGGUACACAUACUGGAGAAAUUGGAAGGGUGGUAUCGAGGCUACACGCUGCGCCACAAAUCACAUAAGGGCAUUUUCCCGGCUUCCUACAUCCAUUUAAAGGAAGCUUCAGUGGAGGGAACAGGCCAGCAGGAAAUAAUUAUUCCAUCAGAUUUACCACUGGUGCAGGAGCUCGGGGCUACUCUGAGAGAAUGGGCACAGAUAUGGCACAAGCUCUUUGUGGCGAACAAAGCCACCCUCUUCCGGACUGUUCAGAAGAUGGCUUACAGUGUCAUUGAAUAUCGAUCACAGAUUGUGUCAGGAACACUACCCAAGGAUGACCUUGUAGAACUCAAAAAGAAAGUCACUGCCAAGAUAGAUUACGGAAACAGGAUUCUGGGCUUAGACUUGGUUGUGCGAGAUGAAGCAGGAAACACAUUGGAUCCUGACUGCACAAGCACUGUCAGUCUGUUUCGGGCCCAUGAGACUGCAUCCCGCAGUGUUGAUGACAGAAUACAAGAGGAGAAGACACGACUACAAAAUCUUGAGAUGAGGCGCCAAGCUUUGUUUAAUACUGUGCACACCUACAGUCUACUCAUGAACCUGAAAAACUUUGUAUGCAACAUUGGAGAAGAUGCGGAGCUGCUCAUGUCUCUUUAUGACCCAGAUCAGUCAGAAUUCAUCAGUGAGAACUUCCUGGUGCGGUGGGACAGUAUGGGGAUGCCUAAAGAAAUAGAAAAACUCAACAACCUGCCAGCUCUAUUUACGGACCUUAGCAGAAGUGACCUGAUGAGGCAGCGUCUCUUCCUGGUGUGUCAGAUCAUCAGAGUAGGAAGCAUGGAGCUGAAGGAGGGAAAGAAACAAACAGGCGGGCUGAGGAGACCCUUUGGUGUGGCUGUGAUGGACAUCACAGAUAUCGCUCAUGGCAAAACAGACGACGAGGACAAACAACAUUUCAUCCCUUUUCAGCAGAUAGCAAUGGAGACCUACAUCCGUCAGAGGCAGCUCAUCAUGUCGCCCCUCAUCCCAUCUCGAGUCAUCGGAGAGAAUGAGCCACUUACUGCGGUUUUCAACAAAGUCAUUGCCACGAGGGAGGUCAAUCACAAGGGCCAGGGAUUGUUUGUGACCCUGAAGCUGCUCCCUGGGGAUCUUGCACAGGUCAGAAAGGACUACCCUCACUUUGUGGACCGCAGCACAGCUAUAGUCAGGAAAAUGGGCUUUCCAGAAAUCAUCCUCCCAGGAAACGUGAGGAACGACAUUUACGUCACCUUGCUGCAGGGGGAGUUUGACCGUGGUAAAAAGAAGACGCCCAAGAACGUAGAGGUCAUGCUGAGUGUGCACGACGAUGAAGGCAAUGCCAUGGAGAAAGCAGUGUUUCCUGGCGCUGGUUACGAUGGAAUCACAGAGUACAAGUCUGUCAUUUACUACCAAGUGAAGCAGCCUUGUUGGAAUGAAACUGUGAAGGUGACAAUUCCCAUUGAAGACGUGUGCCGCUGUCACCUGAGGGUGAUGUUUCGACAUAGAUCAUCUCAGGACUCGAGGGACAAAUCGGAAAAACCCUUUGGCAUGGCUUUUGUCCGACUUAUGAGAGGAGACGGGACAACGCUGAGGGACGGAAGGCAUGAACCUAUCGUCUACAAGGUGGAUGUGAAAAAGACAGAAGAUGCAAAAGUAUAUCUGACCUUGCCAGGGACCUGGGCUGAAGUAGAAGAAAAGGAGAAGCAAACGGGGAAGCAGUUCCACCAUUCCGGGGUGAUCACUGUCACUAAGGACAGCUUCCAGAUUGCCACGCUUACCUGCUCUACUAAACUCACCCAGAAUGUGGAUCUACUUGGCCUGUUGAACUGGAGAUCUAACCCCAAAGAUCUUGAGCAGAUCUUACAGAGGCUGAUGGAGGUCGAAGGUGGGGAGAUAGUCAAAUUUCUCCAGGACACCCUUGAUGCUCUGUUCAACAUCAUGAUGGACACCUCAGAAAAAGAUACCUAUGACACUCUGGUGUUCAACGCUUUGGUUUUCAUUAUCACACUUAUUGGCGACAUCAAAUUCCAGCACUUUAACCCUGUCCUUGAAACCUACAUUAACAAGCAUUUCAGUGCUACUUUGGCGUACAUGAAACUAACUAGAGUGCUCAACUACUAUGUGGGUCAUGCAGAGGAGUCUGCCUUGACUGAGAAUCUCUAUGCAGCACUGAAGGCUCUCAAGUAUUUGUUCAGGUUUAUUGUCCAGUCUCGCAUCCUCUACCUAAGGUUCUAUGGCAACAGUGAAGACGGGGACGCCUUCUUCAACUCAAUUCGCUCUCUUUUCCUGUCAUUCAACGCUCUCAUGGACAGACCACUUGAUGAGGGAGUGAAAAUAAAGGGGGCAAUAUUGAAAUACCUCCCCAGCAUUAUUAAUGACAUCCAAUCUGUGUUUGAUCCUGUGGAACUAAGCAUUCUGCUUUCAAAGUUUAUCGAGAGCAUUCCUGACUCUCAGCUUGUGCGUCAGAAGCUGGGCUGCAUGUGCAAAAUAGUGGAGAGUGACCUUUUCAUGCAGCCAGAUUGUCGAGAUGUGCUGCUGCCGCUCGUCGCUGACCAGCUGAGCGGGCAGCUGGAUGAUCACUCCAGUAAGCCUGAUUACGAGGCCUGUGUCCAACUGCUUAGCACGGUGUUGGACAUUUUGGAUCGCAAGGAUGUGGGUCCAACCAGAGGGCAUGUUCAGCUGAUAAUGGAGCGGCUUCUUCGCAGGGUUAAUCGCAGUGUCAUCAGCAUGGACAGGUCAUCCCUCCUCAUUGGUCACUAUUUAGCCUGCAUGACGGCUAUCCUGAAGCAGAUGGAUGACAUGCAUUAUGCACACUAUAUCAGCACCUUUAAAACCAGACAGGACAUCGUGGACUUCCUCAUGGAGACAUUCAUCAUGUUUAAGGACCUCAUGGGGAAAGUCUUUCCUGCUGACUGGAUGAUCAUGAACCUGGUCCAGAUGCAGGUCUUCCUGAGGGCCAUCAGCCAGUACUCUGAUGUCCUCAACAUGUAUUUUUUAGACCAGGCACAUUUUCAACUACAGCUUUGGAAUAACUACUUUCAUCUGACGGUGGCAUUCCUCACUCAUCAGACACUUCAACUGGAAUCUUUCUCCCAAGAGAAACGCAACAAGAUCUUGAACAAAUAUGGUGAUAUGAGGAAAGCAGUGGGUUUCAAGAUGAGAGACAUGUGGCACAAUCUUGGCCCCCAUAAAAUGAAGUUCAUCCCAGCCAUGGUCGGACCCAUUUUGGAGGUCACUCUUGUGCCUGAGCCAGAGCUGAGGAAGGCCACCAUUCCCAUUUUCUUCGAUAUGAUGCAGUGUGAGCACAAUUUCAGCCCUGGGCGCACAUUUGAAACGUUUGAAAAUGAACUCAUAACAAAACUGGAUCAAGAGGUUGAAGGAGGACGAGGAGACGAACAGUACAAAGUCCUGCUGGAAAAGACGUUACUGGAGCACUGCAGACGCCACAGAUAUCUGUCUCAGUCAGGUGAGGAGCUGGCACUGCUGCUGAGCAGCCUGCUGGAAAAUCUUCUGGCAUACCGCACCAUCACACAUGAUGAAAGUCCUGAGCAUCGAAUGAGCUGUACUGUCAAUGUGCUGAACUUCUACAAGGAAAAGAAAAGGGAGGACAUUUAUAUCCGGUACUUGUACAAGCUGCGGGAUUUACACCUGGACUGUGAGAACUACACAGAGGCCGCCUACACUCUGCUGCUACAUGCUGAAUUACUGGAGUGGUCUGAUAAAGCCUGCGCAGCUCACCUGAUCCCUCGAGACGGAAAGCAUGUGUGGACACAACAGGAACUGAAAGAACGCCUCUUCCAGGAGAUCAUAUGUUACCUGGACAAAGGCAAGAUGUGGGAGAAGGCCAUUGAGCUCGGCAAGCAGCUGGCCAAGAUGCACGAGAGCCACAUGUUUGACUUCAUGGAGCUCAGCCAGCUGCUGAAAAAACAAGCAGAGUUCUAUGAACAAAUAAUGAAUGCCAUGCGACCACAACCAGAAUACUUUGCAGUGGGCUAUUAUGGUCUUGGAUUUCCUUCUUUCCUCAGGAACAAGAUGUUCAUAUACAGAGGCAAAGAGUACGAGUGGCUUGAAGACUUCAGUUUAAAGCUGCUCUCUCAGUUCCCAAAUGCUGCUCGGAUGACCAGCACAGCGCCUCCUGGAGACAACAUCAGCAACUCUCACGCACAAUACAUCCAGUGUUUUACAGUCAAGCCGGUGCUUGUUGUCCCACAGCAGUUUAAAGACAAGGGAGUUCCAGAGCAAAUAUUAAAUUAUUACCGAACCAAUGAAGUGGACCAAUUCCAGUACUCUAGGCCCUUCAGAAAGGGUGAAAAGGAUCCAGACAAUGAGUUUGCAACCAUGUGGAUUGAGAGAAGCACUUAUUUUACUGCCUAUCGCUUCCCUGGGAUUCUGAAAUGGUUUGAAGUCAAAUCUGUCUCAGUGGAGGAGAUCAGUCCGCUGCAGAAUGCCAUCGAGACCAUGGAGAUGGCCAAUGAAAAGCUGAGUAACCUGGUGCAGCAGCAAGCCUGCGACCGCUCCUUGUCCAUCAACCCAUUGUCCAUGAUGCUCAGCGGCAUCGUUGACCCUGCCGUCAUGGGCGGCUUCUCCAACUACGAGAAGGCAUUUUUCACUGACACCUACACCCACGAGCACCCGGAAGACCGCGAACGUAUUGAUUCCCUUAAACACCUCAUCGCCCUGCAGAUCCCUCUCUUGGCAGAUGGCAUCCGCAUCCACGGGGAGAAGACGACAGAGCAGCUGAAGCCCUUACACAACCGUCUGGUUACUUGUUUCCAGGACCUUCGGGAGAAAGUGGAGAAGCAUUACGGCGUCAUAACCUUGCCCUGCUCUCUCACUGAGAGGAAGAAGAGUCGCGUAGGCUCUGUUGUGAUGCCCUACAUCCUGUCCUCCACACUGCGUCGCAUGUCCACUGUCUCCACCCUCUCCAACGCCUCCAGUGGCUCUGCAUCAUCCCACGGACAUUCCUACAUUUCCUCCCAAGACAGUUCCUUCUCGUCCCGCCCCAGCGAUCGCAGGACCUCGGUCUUGUCCCGCUCAGAGGAGGACAACAGGAUUGGCAGAAAGAACAGGAAAGAGUGGAGCGUGAGCAAGUCUCAGGUCCUGCUGGAGAGACCGUCGGAUGGAGAUGAGACCCCUGCUGAGAAGCAGCAAAGACCCAAAAGUUUACAAUUAGGAGACAGACGGCUCACGCUCUCCUUAUUCCAGGGUGUGUCCUCCCAGCUCAGCCUGUCCAACCCCCUCAGCCCUCUACCUGCGUCUCCUCACACUCCACGCAGCUCAAGUUUUUCAUCACUUCUCAGUGACAACGAUGCCAACGCCACGGACGCCCCAGGGACGCCGCCACCUAUGCCGCCAAAGAAGCAUCCGCAUGAGAUUGACAACGCCGGCUUCCCUUCAGAGUUCACUCCUCCGCUGCCAAUGAAAGUUGAUAGCAAGCCGCCGCCGCCGCCUCCAAAGACACGCAAGUCCAUGUUCCCCUCGUACGAGCACAGCCCCCAGUAGGGCCGCACACACCAUUAAGUUGUACAACUUUAUUUGUCAGACGCCACAGGUAACAAGAGAUGCAGGAUCAUCUGAGUCACAUUUUCUUUUCCUGACAUUUUUAUAUUCCUCAAGGCAACAAUUUUCUUAGCACAAAAAAAAGAAGCUUGACGCUGCUUAACAGCAUUCCAUAUUUUAUAUUGAUGAAGCUAAAGUGUGUUCUUUACAAUGAUCAAAAGCAGGGACUACAUUGUUAGUUAUGGUGUGGGUGUUGUCAUACAAUCCUUUUAUAGUUCAGAGACACUGGAUGGCAUUUUUGAAUGUGAUGCACAUGUUUUCUUCUUUGUUUGUGAUGUAGAUGCUGUAACUGCUUUGCCUCCAAGUAGCAUCAUGUUGAUGUGCAUUGGAGGGAAGCUAUUUGCUCAAAGGAAUAGAUUGACAUUUCUAUCAAAAGAUUCAACCACAGACAAACUACAACUAGAGAGGAAAUACUGAAUGCAAUAUUUCUUAAGAUUUCAUCUUUGAAACUCAACUCAUUGAACAUUAAGUUAUUGUUUUGCACAGUUUGACAUAGAAAUGGUCUUUUAUCAAUGCCUUGUCGAGUACGGGACAAAACAUUUGUGUCUUUCCAGUUAGGGACUGAUUUACUGAAGGUUUGCUCGUACUAAAACACGUGCAAAUGUAAUAGCACACCCAAAGCGGAUCUACUAAACGUUUGCAAAGUGGAUUGCGUGUGUUACGUCAGCAGAAUAGCGUGUGCAAUCCAUUCUGCGUCUCUGUUUACAUUAAUAU